AGAGAGAGAGAGAGAGAGAGAGAGAGGACGGCAGAUGCGCAAGGACGACGAGGAAGGGGAGACACGAGUUCAAAUGUCACACCGCAUUCCGCCCCCUGUGCCAUCACGAGCAACGCUGGGCCGCCGCACGUCGCACGAGCUGCAGCGGUCGCUCAAUGCCAUCAACAGCAAUAGUAGCAGCAGCAACAGCAACUGCAGCAGCAACUAUAGCAGCAGCAAUAGCAGCAACAGCAGCAGCAGGAGCAGUGUUAGCUCGCUGGGUGAUGACUGCCCACCGCUCGCACCGCCCCGCACAAGCCGAUCGCUCAACUCGAGCAUGACGACCCUCACAAUGCUCGACUACAACAGCAACAACAACAACAACAAUAACAGCACACCUUACACGAUCAGCGGCUCUCGAAGCAUGGGCAGCGGCAUGAAUACAGUGACAAGCAGGGACGAGGCUGCCGCCCUCCUCGUGAGCAAACCACACGCCGCACACGGCCUCACUACACCCGCCGCUGCUUAUGCGGCGUAUGCUGCAGCCCACGCGGCCAGCGCCGCUAAUGCUCCAAGUCGCUCAGACGAGGCCAACGCAAGCACCCCUGGGAGCACCCAGCCAUCGCUGCAUCAACGGCAGGAAGCCCCGCCACGACCGCCGAAACCGGCCCACACGAUGCGCAAGACGCCCGCCUCAUUGGACGACCCUGCCGGCACGUGCCCGCCAGCAGCCCCGCAAUGCGCACUGCCGCCGCGUCCUGGCAACAAACCGGCGCCCCAAGCAUCAACCUCAAUGCUGCAGCAUGCUGGCGGGCAACAGCAGCAGCGGCAGCAGCAGGAGACGCACGAUCUGAGCGAACGCGCGCACAAUUCUGGCAGCCCCGUCGCGGCUCUUACAUUCGAGGCUCAGGCCAGACUGAUGACGUCUGCAGCAGCCACGGGCUCAGGUAUGCAGUCCGCGCAUCCGACGGGACUCAGCGGCGGAGCUAGUCACGACGCACAGCGUCCUCCACCGCUUCCGCUCCGAUCGGCACCCAUCGUUCCAAGUUCAAGCAAAAACCAUCACGCACCGGCAUUCGUUCAAGCAGUGCGCGAUAAUGCCUCCUCGUCCCCAACUUCAAGAUCCGAUCGCGAGACACCAGGCUCAACUGUGAUGCGGCCCUCGCAAGUCGUCGCCAGCCGCAACAAUGAUGUUGAAGAUGAGGCCAACCUCUACGCCACCGUGUGCGACGCCAUUCCGCAGCAGCAUGAUCGUCAGUGCGCAUCACCCCCUUCGAACGAAUCCACGCCCAGCGACAAGAAGAACAUGGCCCCUUCCGACCGCCAAUCCAGUGAGUACCACGAAGUGACUUCCCUUCUCAAUCAGUACUUGAAUGACCGCCACGGUGACGAUGACGACCUGGUGGCACCAAACCCCAAUCCCAUCGUACCACUCGCAGCUGCUGACGACGACAGCCUUGUUGUUGCGCCAAACCCCAAUCCCAUCAUGCCGCUCAUCGUCAGUCCGCAAGCUCGCGCAGCACUGCCUGCACCACCGCCACCUUACACUGCCACCUGGGCAUCGCCCGACGAGACAGCGCCGCCUGCAUUUUCCACGCGAUCCUUGUCACCUCCUCCUGCCAACCGUUUUGCUUCGUUCACACACGGCAUCUCGAACAAGCUGAGCACAGUGCGCGGCAUACUGUCCUCUCGCCCGUCCAGCUCUGUUCCAGGCCAUCACCAGGAGCAGCAUCAUCAUCAUCAUCAUCAUCAUCACCAACAUCAUCAUCAUCAUCAGCAGCAGAGCGAGGCAACGCUUACUGUGGCUGCAUGCAAAGCCCCGCCACUUCCUCCCCGAUCGCCCGGCAUGACGCCUGCCAUGACGCCGUUGGGAGCCUCGCCCUUCACAUCGCCAGUCCUGUCUCCCAUGGCCUCUCCCUCCAUGCUGCCCGCACUAUCGCCACCGCUGUCGCCACGCCAGUACGACGUCCCAUUCUCGCUGGGCAACUCGACUGCCACGUCCGCGGCAUCGUCUCGCGCUCCAUCUCCGACGCCCGGCUUCAACUUGGAUCUCGCCAACGAAGCGGCCAUCGUCUACCCUUUCCGCCGAACCCCCCUCGAUCCUCGCAACGUUCCUGCGAUUGUCCGUGCGCUGCUCGAUCCCGACACUGGCGUUGAAAUCAAGGAGCGGCCCUGGUUGUCGGCAGAUCUGCCUCCUUCUCUUCGAGGUGACGAGCUUGUCAACUGGCUCAUGGCGAAUGUGCGUCUUGAAACGCGCAAGGACGCACGCAAGUUUGUCGAGAAGAGCCUUCUUGGCCCGGCGUACCUUCGUGCGCUCGUGCUCCCCGGCGAAGAGAAGCACCGAACCGCGCUGUCUCUGAUUGGCGGUCUUGUCAAGCACAAGGCUUUGAACGAGUCCAGCCUGUUUGUGUUUGAGGAGGAGAGCUUGCUCGAUGGCAUGCUUGCGCAGCACGAACGCAUGAUUGGCCAUUGAGAUUUUUGCUUCCAUUCUUCCUUCCCUUUCCCUUCCUUUCGUUAGAACCCUAUUCCUGCCGUCGUUCGACUUACGAUCUUCGUUACGGGUCUUCAGCGACCACUCGUAUGUCUCCAAGCUUGGAGAAAGAGUGUCACGAGAUCUUUCCUGGUCGAAAAGAUGCAAUCCAUCACUUUGAUUUUCAAUUUUCUCCCGUCCUCCAGACUCGAGUCAAAUUUUCUUCUUCUUCUUCUUGUAUUUUGCGGUUUGAUUUUUUUUUUAAGUGUUCUUGUCACACGUUAGGGAGUUUCUUCCUCCCUACCUGCAUGUGUUCUCCGUGAUUUUUUUUUUGUAGUUGUCCAUUCGAGAUUUACAUUUACAAUCAGUAAACAUGUGUCUUGUUUCC